AAGAAAUCUUAGCGCGAGGCCGCUCUUCUUCGUCUUCUUCUUCUCGAUGUCUCUUCUGAUCGGCGGCGGAAAAUUCAGUUCAUCAUCUCAAGAUAUUUUGUUUUGCUAUUGAAUCUUGUACAUCUUGGUUUAUUGGUAUGGCGGAGGAAAGCUACAGUGGUAGGAUAUGGCCUUUGCCACCCCGGCAGGACCUGAAAGUGUCUGAAAUAACUUUUGGUCUGUGCGUUGAUGUUUUCAUCAAUGAUUCUUGGCGGGACGGUGUUUUGGUUGCUGAAAAGCCUGAUUAUGGUAAAAUAUUGGUUUUCUUUCCAGACUCAAAUGAUGAAGUUUUGGCUCUCACCUCUCAGAUUCAUCCGAGCCAAGAGUGGAACGAACUUUCCGGGCGUUGGACACGUCGAGGCAUCUGGUUCUUCGUUCAAAUCAUUAAAAAAUUCCUGCCAAAAGAAAUUGUCAUGUCAGAAAUCAAGAGCAUGUGGUUUCAUCUGAAAGAUACAGAUAAUUUUUGUAAAGAAAUUAAGAAUUGGUAUUCUGGACCGAAGCUCAUGUGGACAGUGUUGGUAUUUGAUAUGAUCCAAGAGAGUUUUCCGCUUAUUUUUGCUAGCCAUACUUGCAAAAACUUUUGCACAACCUCAAAACAGCUGCGGGAAGUUAAAAAUGUCUAUAGAAGAAGAAUGAUACACAGAGAGCCGCACAUUUUGGAUUCAGGAGAAAAAUUUACAGAAAUGAUGGAGGCGGAUGGAGGUCGGGAAGAUGAAAAGUUUGAAAAUAAUGAGGGGGAUAAUAAAAGCGUGUUAUCAAGUUAUUCUGACAAUAGGUUUUUGCUUGAAGACAAGGAGGAUGAGAAAAACAUAGUAUCGAGGGCAUGGAAACCUGUGGAACUUGAAGGUGAAUACUGUCAUGAUUUAUCAGAGUGGUGUUUUUCUCAUGCAGAAUUCAAAAUGGAUUUGAUGAAAAAAAUAAAACUGAGGAAGCAUCUUGUAUCUAUUGGUUGGAGAAUUGAAUCUAAUGAAAGAGAUAUAGUAAGAUUUCGAUAUAUAUCACCUGAAAGAAGAAUCUAUUACUCUCUUAAAUUGGUUUUCCAAAAUUUGCUGAAGGAGAUGUCAAAGAUGAGCGGUAAAAUCAGAGAUAAGGACAACUCAAAGGACAUCGACUUGGAUAAUCUUUUAUCAGAGUUCUCUCCUGCAAAAUCAGAUUUUGUCUCUCUAAACAAUGAUCAGAUAAUGCAUCCCUUUCAACCUAGGCCUUUUGCAACCCAGAAAACUGCAGAACUUCCUUGUACUGAAUCAGAUUCUUCUGUGUUAAUGGAUUGUAAAGUUAUACAGUCAAACUCUUCAGAAAUUAUUGAAGAAAAUGCGCUUGUUGCAACUUUAAAAUCAGACAAAGCUGUAAAAUAUGAGGAUAAUAAUGAAUUUUGUGUUAUAAAAGCUUACGUUGAGCACAUGAAAAUGUUAAAAGGCAAGGCAAAGCUUUCAUCUGUUGAUGUAAAAGAAUUGAGAUCCAGAACUCGAGAUUUUCUCUUGGAAAAGGGUUGGAAAUUUUGGCUAUACGACAAGAAAGUGAGACAGGAAUUACGCUACACCUCUCCCAAUAGGAAGACCUAUUUAUCUCUUUAUACCGCCUGUGUGGGAUUCCUGAGAGAAGUAAAUCAUGAAAACAUCAGGAAAAUGGAGUAUCAGAAAUCUCAUGUUUUGCAAAAAGAAGGAUUGGAGCGUGGACCAUUCUCUUCCCCCACUUUGUUUGAUUUUGAUGGAUUUGAUUCGAAGGAGCAUAUGGGCAGAAAGAGGGACCUAAAGAAGAGAAAAAAGGAGUAUUCAAAUGUUCAUGUGGCAUUGGAUAAACAUUUGAAAAUUCAGUUAAAUGGAAACUAUUUCAGUGACCAAAAUAUUUCUGUAAAGAUGAAGCAAAAGCCUUUGUCUUCCUCUAAAUUAUUUGAUUUUGGUGAACUUAAUUCUAAAAAGCAUUUAGGUGGAAACAGAGAACGAAAGAGGAGAAAAAUAGUGCAUUCAAAUAAUCUUGUGACAUUGGAUGACCAGCUGCAAUAUAAUUAUUAUGACCAGCAGCAUGAUGUGAAGAUAGAUGUUUUCCGAUCUUCUAAAAGUUAUAAAUCAUCUCGCAAAAAAUUCACAUCACGUGUUUUGCGUUCAGGGAAAAGAUCACGAUGGGCUAUAGUUUUAUCUUCUAAUGAUCAAGUUGCUAAGACAAUUCUGUCAUGGUUGAUUGAUAAAGAUGUUGUGUUGCUGAGGCAGAAAGUUUCAUUUGUUAGAAAAAUUGAUGGUCACACAAUGAAAGAAGGUUGGAUAACUCACGAAGGGAUUAAAUGCAGGUGUUGCCUGAAUGUGUUUUCUCUUUCUCAAUUUGGCGCUCAUGCCGGAAGCAUAACUUCUCAACCAUCUGUCAGUAUCAUGUUGCAAGAUGGCAGGUCUUUGUUGGAUUGUCAAAAGCAAGUUUUAAGUGCAUUUAAACCGAGAAAAUUUCAACAUACAAGAUUAAAAAGAGAUUAUUCCAAUCUUGAAGCCGAUGAAAUAUGCACUGUUUGUCAAGACGGUGGUAUGAUAUUGUUAUGUGAUCUUUGCCCAUCCGUAUUUCAUCUAGCUUGUAUUGGCCUAGAGGAUGUGCCUGAAGGUCAGUGGUUUUGCCCAUCAUGUAGAUGCGGCUUAUGUGGUUUUAGCGAAUUUAAUUGCGACACAGAUAGUUUCACUCAUAAUUCAGGGAUUUAUUGUGAUCAAUGUGAACGGCAAUAUCAUGUUGGCUGCUUGCAAAAACAAGGUUUGCAACUAAAUGAGUGUCCAACAGGGACUUGGACUUGCAGUGAAUCAUGUUCAAAGAUUAUUUCUAGGCUUCGAUUACUUCUUGGGAAGUCAAAUCCCAUCCAGGGAAAUGGACUUCACUGGACUAUUUUGAGAUCAAAUAUAGAAGACGUUGGAAAACUUGAUGACGAAUCGAUAGUUGAGAAUUCAGGAUUGCUCCAUCUUGCUCUUGAUGUUUUACAUGAAUGUUUUGAGACUAUGGUUGAGACACGUACUCAGAGUGACGUUGCUUCUGAUGUCAUUUUCAAUAACACUUCUGAAUUGAAUAGGUUGAACUUCCGGGGGUUUUAUACAAUGCUUUUGAUGUGUGGAGAUGAGCUAAUCAGUGUGGCCACUUUCAGGAUAUUUGGUGAAAAGCUUGCUGAAAUGCCAUUUAUUGGCACUCGUGUGAAAUUCCGCCGACAAGGAAUGUGUUGCAUUUUGAUGAAUGAAUUGCAGAAGCUUCUUGCUUCAUUAGGAGUGGAAAGGCUAUUGUUACCUGCUGUUCCUGAACUCUUGAAAACAUGGACUUCCUCUUUUGGUUUCACAAAAAUUACACCUUCUGAUAGAUUAGAGUUAUUAGAGCACAAACUACUUACAUUUCAAGGAACUACCUUGUGCCAGAAGCUCUUGAAGAAACCUUCUGCUUAAUUGGAACUACAGUAAUGAAGAUUUUGGUUCCCUUUAGGAUCCAUAAAGUGGCAAG